AUGGCAGCGGACAGCUCCCUGCUGCAGCUGGAGGAAGUGAUUGAAGAUGAUGCUGCAGGGGUUGUUACCUCUGCGUCGUCCAGCAGCAGCAGCGACAGCAGCAGCAGCAGCAGUAGCAGCAGCAGCAGCAGCAGCGGCCCCUCAGCUGUACUCAAUGAGGCAGCAUCGCGAUCGGCGGCGAUUGCAGCAGCAGCGCAGGCUGCAGCUCUCUCAGAGCGCUGUCGCUCUCUGUUGCCGCUGCUGAAAACUGCAGUAGAGAGCACCAGCAGCAGCAGCAGCAGCAACAGCAGCAGCAGCAGCAGCAGCAGCAGCACCAAGGAGUGCAGCAGCACAGGCAGCAAGAGCGAAGGAAGCAGGCCUGGGGGUACUCUGUUAGAGUUUGACUCGGAUGAAGAGGGCCCCGUAGUGGAGCUGGCUGAAUGUGCUGUUACUGCUGCUUCUGUGUCUCUUCUUUUUGCUGCUGUCGUUUCUCCCUAG